AUGCAUCUCGCGAAAGAGCUUCUUUUCGCGACCGAUGGGUGGCACUGGCACCUUGGUAAACACUUUUGGCGACCGGGGCCAUCUCGCGAAAGAGGCUCUUUUGGCGACCUAGGCCACCUUCCUCAACAAGCUCUUCUCGCAACCGGUGGCACCUCGCCGGCGUCUCAAUUCGCAAACAGAGCCUCUUUUUGGCGAGGUGCCCCCGGUCGCAAAGAUAGCCUCUCUCGCGAGGGUGCACCGGUCGCCAAGAGAGCCUCUUCCGCGAGGUGCCUACCGGUCGCGAAAAGAUCCUGUUCGGCGGUGCCACGGUCGUGGUUCGCGACCGCUGGCAGUUCGCUAAAGACGCUCUUGGCCCGACUAAUGAAACCUCGCUUCAAAAGGGUCUGUUUGCGACCGGUGGCACCUCUCGUCAAAGAGGCUGUUCUUGCGAAAUGA